AGGCGGCCUCCCAAGAGCCGGCGUCUCUCCCUCCCUCUCUCUCCUGGGCGAGAGGCGAGGAGGUUCCGGAUUCUCCUGCCGCCUCAGGGUGGCGGCCACAGCUUCCCUCCUGCUCGGUCUUGCAGGAGAGAGCGCGCGAGAGCCAAAGGAAGCCACCUGGGCUCAGUGAGCUGCCGCCUUGUCUUUUGGGAAGUGAUCAAGAUGGAAAAUAUCUGCCUGUGGAGAAUCACCUGGAUCUGAAUGCUUCCCCCUGGAUAACUGUUUCUUGUACCUAUGACAAUCAACAGAAGCUUGAUACUGGCCUGUAGCCCUGGCCAUGCAGAAGGAUGAUGUACUAACAGCUCAAACUUGAGAGGCCCUUAAGAGAAUCUGCUUUAAGAAGAGGCCUUUAAACAAACUGGCUUUAAGAAAACCUCCCGCCAAGUACUUCCAUGGAUCAGGACAUCAGCAUGGAUGCCUUGCUUGAUCUCAGCUUUCUGACAGAGGAAGAGCAGAAUGCAAUCGCUGCUGUUCUGCAGAGGGAUUCACAGCUCCGGAUGUCAGAGGAGGGACGGAUCAGAAAAUUGCGUCAGUCUAUCUCGGAUCCAAACUGGCUGAAAAUCUUGUCCGGAGACUGGUUUUGUGAAAUCCGUUCCAAAAGGCAUUACCACAGUCACUUUGGCUCAGACAUUGUCCGGGCAUCGAUCCGCCGGAAGAAGAGGCCCAAAGCAGGUGAAUGGGACUUGAAACAGUGUGGCAUCCGGGGAGAUUUGGAUGUGAUCAGUGAACCAGCGGUGGAAGAGGAGAACAUAUCGGAUACAAUCGAUGGGCUCCCCAGGGAGGCAGCUGCUCCACCACCACCCUGGCCAGAAGAGACUGGGAUGGCAGACUUGACUCCACAAGAGGAGAUCCAGCCUCAGGAGGAGAUGGUUGAAAGCAAGUCAGAAAGAAGCAACUCCUUUACUGAUCUUAGUUCAGGGGAGGAAGAGGAACAACACAGCAAUAGAGUACCAGCCAUUCUGGUUACCCCACAGAAUAAGGGGAAUCUUGAGAAUGGCCAGGGAGGAGAUUUGGGUUCGUCCCCUCCAAAGAACAAGGCACUGAGCCCCUGGAAUAAAGUACAAAGCACCAGCUCCUCUUUCUCCAGUCUGAGUUCAUCCACGAUGAGCGGCAGUACGAUGAGUGUCUUCAGUGACAAUGAUAUUGGGAAUGUGGAAGUCCGUGGCUGCAUCCAGUUCUCCUUGCAGUAUAACUCCGCAAAGAGGGAGUUCAAUGUUCAGGUCAUCCAGUGCCGAGACCUGGCUGAAGCCAAGAAACAGCGGUCAGAUCCGUAUGUAAAAACAUAUCUUCUUCCUGACAAAUCCAAUCACAGUAAGAGGAAAACUGCUGUCAAGAAGAAGACACUGGACCCCAUCUUCAAUGAGACCCUUAAGUACAAGAUUGAGAAGGCUAAUCUUCAGGGCCGAAUUUUGAACCUUUCUGUCUGGCAUCAUGACGCCUUGGGCCGAAAUCUCUUCAUGGGAGAAGUCGAGGUUACGUUGAAUACCUGGGACUGGAGCAACACAAGUCCUCAGUGGUUUAAUCUCCAGCCUAGGACGCUGCUUGCUCCCGAUAGUCUGUCCAGCCGGGGCAAGCUCAACCUGGCCAUAAAGUUCAUCCCUGCUGGAUCAGAAGAGAAAGGGCUUCCUCCCACUGGGGAGCUCCACAUCUGGGUGAAAGACGCACAGAUCGUUCCCCGGCGAGGCAGCACAGCAGAUUCUUUUGUGCAGUGCUACAUCCUUCCAGAUGACAGCAAGGCAAGCCGUCAGAGGACCCGCAUUGUCAAAAAGAGCCUCAGCCCCACUUUCAACCACACCAUGGUCUACGAUGGCUUCCAGGCCAAAGACCUGGCUGAGGCCUGUGCUGAGUUCACCAUCUGGGACCACCAGGCAUUUUCCAAGCAGCAGCUGGGAGGCAUCCGGCUGAGCCUGGGCACAGGGAAAAGCUAUGGCCUGCCAGUUCCCUGGAUGGAUUCAACCGAGGAGGAGUGCCAUACCUGGGAGAUGGUCUUCAAGCAGCCUCAGCAGUGGGUGGAAGCUGGACUUCCUCUGAGGACCAACCUGACCCCUAGGACUUAAUCCCACCAUAAUUUGGCCAGUCUUGACUAGGACAUCCGCACUUGGUGGGGCAAUGGCAAAAUGAUGAUCUAGGAGGACAGGAUGGACAUGAACUGAGAAUCCCCUUUGUCCUCCAGAAUCCCAUUACAGCAACACUGAAGGGGCCACCCCGGCAAAGUUUCCUGAGUGUCUUGAAACUCCAGAAACACAUCCACCUGAACAGAAUCUUGCUACCCCAUACCAGGAACAUUGGCUGAAAGCAUGAAGUAAGCAAG